GCCAAUAGCGGACAUGCUAGCAGGAGGAGGCGGCGCUACUUCCUGCAGCGCUGGACCUUCACCGCUGAGUGAGAGGAGCUUCUGUUAUUGACUCGGCGACAUGACAGCGGAGGCUUCCAGAGUGUUCAAGUUGUGUCUGCAUCACACGGCUCUGCUCCGACGAUACUCACAUCCAGGCUCAUCGCUCCAAGCAACCAGAUUCUUCAGUUCCCACAGGGAAGGGAAGCGCAGAGGGCUGCUAUGGAAGACACUUGUUGGGGUCUCUGUGGGCGUACCUGUGGCCCUGGGGGUCCAGUACGCUCUGUCAGAGCCCAGAGAGAGGAGGAAGAUGAGGAUUGUGAUUGAAGGACUUGGUCGCUUCUGCAGAUCUCUUUCUGUGGGACUGCUUAUCUCUGUGGAUUACUGGUGGACCUCCAACGUGGCUCUGCGUGGCCUGGACGAGAGCAGCCCAUCUUACUUGGCCGAGAUGUCCGCCUGCCACCAGAGGGCGGCAGACAACAUGGUGGAAGGCGCCGUCAGGAACGGAGGAAUAUACAUCAAGCUCGGCCAAGGUCUGUGUUCCUUCAACCACCUCCUGCCCCCCGAGUACAUCCGCACCCUGCAAAUACUGGAAGACAAGGCCUUGAACAGGAGGUACAAAGAGGUCGACGCUCUCUUCCAAGAAGACUUCAACAAAACCCCAGAGCAGCUGUUUAAAACGUUUGACCCUGAACCUAUGGCUGCUGCCAGCCUGGCACAGGUUCAUAAAGCAGAACUGUUUGAUGGGACUCCGGUCGCUGUGAAGGUACAAUACAUUGACCUCAGGGACCGAUUUGAUGGUGACAUCAGAGCGCUGGAGAUCCUGCUGGAUAUUAUUAAACUCAUGCACCCGACAUUUGGGUUCAGCUGGGUUCUUAAGGACUUGAAGGGCACAUUGGCCCAAGAGCUGGACUUUGAGAACGAGGCCAGGAACUCCGAGAGGUGUGCGAAAGAGCUGACACACUUCAAAUUUGUCUAUGUGCCCAAAGUCUUCUGGGAGCAAACGAGUAAGAGGGUGCUGACAGCAGAGUUUUGCAACGGUUGCAAAAUCAACAACGUGGAGGAUAUUAAGAGACAAGGGUUGAGUUUGAAAGAUACUGCAGAUAAACUGAUUCGAACGUUUGCUGAGCAAAUAUUCUAUACUGGUUUCAUCCACGCUGACCCUCACCCUGGAAAUGUUCUAGUGAGACGAGGGCCCGAUAAUAAGGCAGAGUUGGUGCUGUUGGACCACGGACUGUAUGAAUUCCUCAGUCAACAUGAUAGAGUGGCCCUUUGUAAACUGUGGAGAUCCGUUGUCCUGCGAGAUGAGGCGGCAAUGGAGAAGUACUCGAAUGCACUUGGGGUCAAAGAGUACCUCCUCUUCUGUGAGAUGCUGCUGCAGCGACCCAUCAACAUGCGGGAGUUCGGACUGUCCAACAUCCUGAGCCGAGAGGAGACGACCUACAUGCGCGACAUGGCCGUGAACCGCUUCGGGAGCAUCAUGCAGGUGCUGAAGUCGAUGCCGAGGCCCAUGCUGCUGGUGUUCAGGAACAUCAACACAGUGCGAAGCAUCAACAUCACGCUGGGAGCGCCGGUGGACCGCUACUGUGUCAUGGCAAAGAGUGCGGUCCGAGGCUGGGGGAAGAUCCAGGCAGAGAAGGCAGGGAUCCUGCCCCGGCUCUGGGUGUUCCGCUGGGUCAGGACAACGUGGGAGAGCCUCAGGUUUGAGCUGGCGUUGAGGUCAGAGAUGGCGAUGAUGAGUCUGACGCGCUCGCUCCUCAGCGUGCUGUCAUACUUUGGUCUUGUAUCUCUGGAGGCCGAGGUGUACGAGUACCUGAGGUAGUGCACGGCUACGCCACUUUGAGGCCACAGAGGACAAGGACCGUUUUCCAAGCACAACUUAAUGCAAUCCAACAAGGAGCCUUUUCUCACUUUCUCACUGAGUGCCGCCAGUGACGGUGCUGCUCGAGUGUUCCUCACAACAAAUCACAUUUGGACCUGAUGUCUUCACAACAGGGGGGGAACAUAUUGAACUUCAGUGUGACAGUGAAGCGUCAAACCUCUCUCCAGAGUUCCACAUUAUGAAAAAGCCUAUUUUAAUGAUUUUUUUAAUUAAAGAAAUUAAACUUUUAA